AAUCAUCGGUUCAUUUCAGCAUUUGGUUUAAUCCAAUUAAUCAUUAACCGGUUUGUACCGAAACUACUCGAACCAGAAAGAUUGGUAGAGAGAAAGCCACGUAAGAUUAUCUCUAAUGGCAAAUUAACCAAAAACGAUAACUGAAGAAGCCAAAGAGAGCGAGAGAGAAACAACGAUGAGAGCUCUAACAUGGACGGCAAUGUCACCGCCGUCAAUGGUGGUGUCACAAACAGCGACUUCUACGGUUAAAUUCCGACGUAUCAGUCUCCGGAGAGAUCGCGUCUAUGUUAGAGCCACGGCGUCAUCUAGCGCGGCGGUUUCAGGUGGAGGAGUAGUAGAGGCGGUAGAAUUGGUAGAGAUAGGUGAAAGAAGCAAGAAAUGGAAGUGGAAAGGAGAAUAUUCUGUUAAUUACUUUGUCAAAGAUUCGCCGGAGGAAGUUACUCCGGCGAGUCAAACUGUUCUUUUGGUUCAUGGCUUUGGUGCUUCAAUUCCUCACUGGAGAAGGAACAUAAAUGCUCUGUCCAAGAACCAUACAGUGUAUGCGAUUGAUCUUCUUGGAUUUGGUGCUUCGGAUAAGCCUCCUGGUUUUAGCUAUACCAUGGAGUCAUGGGCUGAAUUGAUAAAUAACUUCUUAGAGGAAGUGGUUCAGAAACCGACGAUUUUGAUUGGAAACUCUGUUGGAAGCCUUGCUUGUGUCAUUGCUGCUUCAGAAUCACAACGAGAUCUGGUCAAAGGUCUUGUUCUAUUGAACUGUGCUGGUGGUAUGAACAACAAAGCCGUGUUUGACGACUGGCGAAUCAAGCUGCUGAUGCCUUUACUCUUGCUUAUCGACUUUUUACUCAAGCAAAGAGGAAUUGCUUCUGCACUCUUCAACCGUGUUAAAGACAGGGAAAAUCUCAAGAACAUCUUGACAAAUGUUUACGGGAACAAGGACAAUGUAGAUGAUACCCUUGUAGAGAUCAUUGCUGGACCAGCAAAUUCCGAAGGCGCGCUAGAUGCAUUUGUUUCAAUCUUAACGGGUCCACCUGGACCAAACCCGAUUAAGCUGAUACCGGAAAUAACCAAACCGGUUCUUGUUUUAUGGGGAGACCAAGAUGGACUAACCCCUCUCGACGGUCCAGUAGGUAAGUACUUCACUUCCCUUCCGGAUCAGUUACCUAACUUCAACCUCUAUGUUCUACAAGGCGUAGGACAUUGCCCACAAGAUGAUCGCCCGGACCUUGUUCAUGAGCGUCUCCUUCCAUGGCUGGCUCAACUUUCUUCCACCUAGUUUCGAUUUGUUUUGCCGUGUAAACUUGUUUAUAAAUGUAUAACAAAUCUAUCUUUCUGGAAAAAGACAGCUUUCAAAUGUUAUUUGACUCGCUGUAGAGCACAUAGAUUUUGACACAUUCGAAGUCGAAGAGGUUGUAAGUUGGUAAAGGAGUUUGUUUAUGGAGUGUUAACUAAACAAAAUCUAUUAACAGAAGCAGAAAAUCUAAUCAAGUAAUAAACACAAAAUGUCAUG